AUGUCCAAACUACAGGUGUUGGGUGUGUUUAUUACCGAGCGGCUAACAGCAGCGGCUAUGGAGAUAUUUGGUUCGGCGGAGAAGACGUUAGAAGAGUACCAGGAGCGGCUAACAACAGCGGCAGUGGAUAUAUUUGUUGUGGUAGAAAAGACAGUAGCAGAGGUUCAGGGAGAGAACGACCGUCUACGGGGGCUUCUUCUGGAUCAUUUAGGAGCAGGUUUGUAGCGACCAUUUACACCAAGCAAUCGGUUAACAACAUAUUGUGUUUGCUGAAUCACUAGCCGUGGACGUAUCGUAUUCACUACUAGGUUCAGGUAACUAAAACUGUUUCAACUUGAAGUUUAGUAGCUAACUACCUAGCCUGCCUGACGCAACUCACGUGGUAACAAAGAUCCUAUCUGCUACAUUAAUGGCACCUAUAGUACACAGAACAAGGAGUUAGCUAGUUAUAAAAAUAUGUAUCAAAGGUAAUUCUCCGGUAAAAAAAAACAACAACAACUUCAGUCUUCUAAACUAAUCUAAAGCUGUUUUUAAGGCCAUUUUUCUAUCGCCUACACUUGAUGCUAGCCAGCUAAUGUUUGAAAAACAAACUAACUCAAUAUUAUAGCUAAAAAAGCUUAGCUUGCUGCCAAAGAGCUUGCUAAAACGAGGUAUAGUGCCUUGCAAAAGUAUUCAUCCCCCUUGGCGUUUUUCCUAUUUUGUUGCAUUACAACCUGUAAUUUAAAUUGAUUUUUAUUUGGAUUUCAUGUAAUGGACAAACACAAAUUAGUCCAAAUUGGUGAAAUGAAAUGAAAAUAAUAACUUAUUUCAAAAAUUCUAAAAAAUGAAUAACGGAAAAGUGGUGCAUGCAUAUGUAUUCACCCCCUUUGCUAUGAAGCCCCUAAAUAACAUCUGGUGCAACCAAUUACCUUCAGAAGUCACAUGAUUAGUUAAAGUCCACCUGUGUGCAAUCUAAAUGUCACAUGAUGUCAGUAUAAAUACACCUGCUCUGAAAGGCCCCAGAGUCUGCAACACCACUAAGCAAGCGGCACCACCAAGCAAGCGGCACCACCAACGAAGCGGCACCAUGAAGUCCAAGGAGCUCUCCAAACAGGUCAGGGACAAAGUUAUGGAGAAGUACAGAUCAGGGUUGGGUUAUAAAAAACGAUCCAAAACUUUGAACAUCCCACAGAGCACCAUUUUAAAUCCAUUAUUAAAAAAUUGAAAGAAUAUGGCACCACAACAAACCUGCCAAGAGGGGGCCGCCCACCAAAACUCACGGACCAGGCAAGGAGGGCAUUAAUCAGAGAGGCAACAAAGACACCAAAUAUAACCGUGAAGGAGCUGCAAAGCUCCACAGCGGAGAUUGGAGUAUCUGUCCAUAGGACCACUUUAAGCCGUACACUCCACAGAGCUGGGAUUUACGGAAGAGUGGCCAGAAAAAAGCCAUGGUUUAAAGAAAAAAAUAAGCAAACAUGUUUGGUGUUCGCAAAAAUCCAUGUGGGAGACUCCCUCAAACAUAUGGAAGAAUGUACUCUGGUCAGAUGAGACUAAAAUUGAGCUUUUUGGCCAUCAAGGAAAACACUAUGUCUGGCGCAAACCCAUCACCUCGAGAACACCAUCCCCACAGUGAAGCAUGGUGGUGGCAACAUCAUGCUGUGGGGAUGUUUUUCAUUGGUAGGGACUGGGAAACUGGUCAGAACUGAAGGAAUGAUGGAUGGCGCUAAAUACAGGGAAAUUCUUGAGGGAAACCUGUUUCAGUCUACCAGAGAUUUGAGACUGGGACGGAGGUUCACCUUCCAGCAGGACAAUGACCCUAAGCAUACUGCUAAAGCAACACUCGAGUGGUUUAAGGGGAAACAUUUAAAUGUCUUGGAAUGGCCUUGUCAAAGCCCAUACCUCAAUCCAAUUGAGAAUCUGUGGUAUGACUUAAAGAUUGCUGUACACCAGCAGAACCCAUCCAACUUGAAAGAGCUGGAGCAGUUUUGCCUUGAAGAAUGGACAAAAAUCCCAGUGGCUAGAUGUGCCAAUAUUAUAGAGACAUACCCCAAGAGACUUGCAGCUGUAAUUGCUGCAAAAGGUGGCUCUACAACGUAUUGACUUUUGGGGGGGUGAAUAGAUAUGCACGCUCAAGUUCUGUUUUUUUGUCUUAUUUCUUUUUUUAAAAAUAUUUUCCGUCUUCAAAGUGGUAGGCAUGUUGUGUAAAUCAAAUGAUACAAACCCCCCCAAAAAAUCUAUUUUAAUUCCAGGUUGUAAGGCAACAAAAUAGGAAAAAUGCCAAGGGGGGUGAAUACUUUAGCAAGCCACUGUAUAUAACAUAUACAAUCAAAUACAUGUAUAUGUGUAUAUAUGUGUGUGUGUAUGUGUAUAUAUAUAUAUGUGUGUGUAUAUGUGUGUAUGUACAGUGGGGAAAAAAAACUUUUGUUAUUGACCAAAUACUUAUUUUACACCAUAAUUUGCAAAUAAAUUCAUAAAAAAUCCUACAAUGUGAUUUUCUGGAUUUUUUCUCUCUCAAUUUGUCUGUCAUAGUUGACGUGUACCUAUGAUGAAAAUUACAGGCCUCCCUCAUCUUUUUAAGUGGGAGAACUUGCACAAUUGGUGGCUGACUAAAUACUUUUUUUCCCCACUGUAUGUAUGUAUGUAUAUGUGUAUAUAUAUAUAUAUAUAUAUGUGUGUGUAUAUAUAUAUAUAUAUAUGUGUAUGUACAGUGAGGGGGAAAAAGUAUUUGAUCCCCUGCUGAUUUUGUACGUUUGCCCACUGACAGACAUGAUCAGUCUAUAAUUUUAAUGGUAGGUUUAUUUGAACAGUGAGAGAGAAUAACAACAACAAAAAAUCCAGAAAAACGCAUGUCAAAUGUUAUAAAUUGAUUUGCAUUUUAAUGAGGGAAAUAAGUAUUUGACCCCUCUGCAAAACAUGACUUAGUACUUGGUGGCAAAACCCUUGUUGGCAAUUAGAGGUCAGACGUUUCUUGUAGUUGGCCACCAGGUUUGCACACAUCUCAGGAGGGAUGUUGUCCCACUCCUCUUUGCAGAUCUUCUCCAAGUCAUUAUUGUUUCGAGGCUGAUGUUUGGCAACUCGAACCUUCAGCUCCCUCCACAGAUUUUCUAUGGGAUUAAGGUCUGGAGACUGGCUAGGCCACUCCAGGACCUUAAUGUGCUUCUUCUUGAGCCACUCCUUUGUUGCAUUGGCCGUGUGUUUUGGGUCAUUGUCAUGCUGGAAUACCCAUCCACGACCCAUUUUCAAUGCCCUGGCUGAGGGAAGGAGGUUCUCACCCAAGAUUUGACGGUACAGUUGUCCUGUCCCCUUAGCAGAAAAACACCUACAAAGCAUAAUGUUUCCACCUCUAUGAUUGACGGUGGGGAUGGUGUUCUUGGGGUCAUAGGUAGCAUUCCUCCUCCUCCAAACACGGCGAGUUGAGUUGAUGCCAACAAGCUCCAUUUUGGUCUCAUCUGACCACAACACUUUCACCCAGUUCUCCUCUGAAUCAUUCGAUGUUCAUUGGCAAACUUCAGACGGGCAUGUAUAUGUGCUUUCUUGAGCAGGGGGACCUUGCGGGCGCUGCAGGAUUUCAGUCCUUCACGGCGUAGUGUGUUACCAAUUGUUUUCUUGGUGACUAUGGUCCCAGCUGCAUUGAGAUCAUUGACAAGAUCCUCCCGUGUAGUUCUGGGCUGAUUCCUCACCGUUCUCAUGAUCAUUACAACUCCACGAGGUGAGAUCUUGCAUGGAGCCCCAGGCCGAGGGAGAUUGACAGUUAUUUUGUGUUUUCUUCCAUUUGCGAAUAAUCGCACCAACUGUUGUCACCUUUCUCACCAAGCUGCUUGGCGAUGGUCUUGUAGCCCAUUCCAGCCUUGUGUAGGUCUACAAUCUUCUCCCUGACAUCCUUGGAGAGCUCUUUGGUCUUGGCCAUGGUGGAGAGUUUGGAAUCUGAUUGAUUGCUUCUGUGGACAGGCAUCUUUUAUACAGGUAACAAGCUGAGAUUAGGAGCACUCCCUUUAAGUGUGCUCCUAAUCUCAGCUCAUUACCUGUAUAAAAGACACCUGGGAGCCAGAAAUCUUUCUGAUUGAGAGGGGGUCAAACACUUAUUUCCCUCAUUAAAAUGCAAAUCAAUUUAUAACAUUUGACAUGCGUUUUUCUGGAUUUGUUGUUGUUGUUAUUCUCUCUCACUGUUCAAAUAAACCUACCAUUAAAAUUAUAGACUGAUCAUUUCUUUGUCAGUGGGCAAACGUACAAAAUCAGCAGGGGAUCAAAUACACUUUUCCCUCACUGUGUGUGUGUGUGUGUGUAUAUAUAUAUAUAUAUAUAUAUAUAUAUAUAUAUAUAUAUAUAUAUAUAUAUAUAUAUAUAUAUACAUAUAUAUAUAUAUAUAUAUAUAUAUAUAUACACAUAUAUAUAUAUAUAUAUAUAUACACAUACAUACAUACAUACACACACUACCGUUCAAAAGUUUGGGGUCACUUAGAAAUGUCCUUGUUUUUGAAAGAAAAGCAAUUUCUGUCCAUUAACUUAACAUCAAAAUGAUCAGAAAUACAGUAUAGACAUUGUUAAUGUUGUAAAUGGCUAUUGUAGCUGGAAACGGCUGAUAAUUUUUUUUUAGGAAAAUCUACAUAGGCGUACAGAGGCCCAUUAUCAGCAACCAUCAGUCCUGUGUUCCAGUGGCACGUAGUUUGCUAAUCCAAGUUUAUCAUUUUAAAACGCUAAUUGAUCAUUAGAAAACCCUUUUGCAAUUAUGUUAGCACAGCUAAAAACUGUUGUGCUGAUUUUAAAGAAGCAAUAAAACUGGCCUUCUUGAGACUAGUUGAGUAUCUGGAGCAUCAGCAAUUGUGGGUUGGAUUACAGAAUCAAAAUGGCCAGAAACAAAUAACUUUCUUCUGAAACUCGUCAGUCUAUUCUUGAUCUGAGAAAUGAAGGCUAUUCCAUGUGAGAAAUUGCCAAGAAACUGAAGAUCUCGUACAACGCUGUGUACUACUCCCUUCACAGAACAGCGCAAACUGGCUCUAACCAGAAAAGAAAGAGGAGUGGGUGGCCCCGGUGCACAACUGAGCAAGAGGACAAAUACAUUAGUGUCUAGUUUGAGAAACAGACGCCUCAAAGGUCCUCAACUGGCAGCUUCAUUAAAUAGUACCCGCAAAACACCAGUCUCAAUGUUAACAAUGGACUCCGGGAUGCUGACCUUCUAGGCAGAGUUGCAAAGAAAAAGCCAUAUCUCAGACUGGCCAAUAAAAAGAAAAGAUUAAGAUGGGCAAAAGAACACAGACACUGGACUUUUUCUUUGCAACCUAGGUCAGCAUCCAGGAGUCGCCUCUUCACUGUUGACGUUGAGACUGGUGUUUUGCGGGUACUAUUUAAUGAAGCUGCCAGUUGACGACCUGUGAGGCGUCUGUUUCUCAAUUGUAAAAUAAUAGUGAAGACAUCAAAACUAUGUAAUAACACAUAUGGAAUCAUGUGAUAACAAAGAAGUGUUAAACAAAUCAAAAUAUAUUUUAUAUUUGAGAUUUUUCAAAUAGCCACCCUUUGCCUUUAUGACAGCUUUGCACACUCUUGGCAUUGUCUCAACCAGCUUCACCUGGAAUGAUUUUCCAACAGUCUUGAAGGAGUUCCCACAUAUGCUGAGCACUUGUUGACUGCUUUUCCUUCACUCUGCCGUCCGACUCAUCCCAAACCAUCUCAAUUGGGUUGAGGUCGGGGAUUGUGGAGGCCAGGUCAUCUGAUGCAACACUCCAUCACUCUCCUUCUUGGUAAAAUAGCCUUUACACAGCCUGGAGGUGUGUUGGGUCAUUGUCCUGUUGAAAAACAAAUGAUAGUCCCACUAAGCCCAAACCAGAUGGGAUGGCGUAUCGCCGCAGAAUGCUGUGGUAGCCAUGCUGGUUAAGUGUGCCUUGAAUUCUAAAUAAAUCACAGACAGUGUCAGGCCAGUAACAGUUCUAUCUCAGAAAGUAUUGUUUGUGAACAGCCUAAAAAAAAAUAUGGGAGAACCAACAAUUGCAAGAUAGAAUAAUUGAAUGGGAAGUUUAAACGAACCGUAUAGGUUUCUGGCCUCCACCUGACCAAAGCUUUAGGAAAAACAAAUUGUGUGCCGAUGGAAAAUCCUUGCAAACCAAACAGCCAAUAAUUUAGGCCUACACUAGGCUACUGUCAAUACAAUUUGCAGUAAACGUUACUUGUACAAGUUAAACUUCUAAACAGAUAUUUAUAUUAUUGUGGAAGUGUUUAUUCAUGUCCUUGAAUUGCGCAACGGGGAUUACAUAAAAACUCCCACAGCAGCACUUUCGAUAAGCUGGAACACAAAAUGUAUGUUGCCUAUAACAAGAAUAACCCACACUUGGAUAGGCUACACAAGACAAAAUAAAUAAAGUCAACAAUAUGUAUGAAAUUAACCAACUAAAUAACAGUGCAAAUAAGUUUAAGGCACACAACAGAAUAUUAUAGCCCAGGCUACAUUUAUUUUGAAUAAGACGCAUCUGUGAAUACAGGCUUUGAAAAUUAAACAAAGGAAAAGUGCAGUGAAGAACCAUUCUGACUAUUUUUCUUUUCAUUAUAUAUUAACCUACCUAAAGGUUUCUGGCAAGGAACACAUGCAUGUUCUAGCAUUAAUAGAGUGCGGCGUGGGGUAACAAUACGGCCAACUGAAAACGCGUUCAGACGGAACACUUCUUGCACAGUUGCAGAGGUAUUUGAGGGCGACGUUGGCCAAGAGCGGAAAGCGACCCUCAUUCCCACUCCACCAUGCCAGUGGGUCAUCAUCUCCUCCAAUGACAUCAGUAGGGAGGAUGUGAGCUCUACGCUGGCCUGCUGGUGAGCACAGUGUGACUGUUUGCUUCGCUCUCCCAAGAAGACUUCCUUAGUGAGGUCUUCUAUGAUGAACAUGCGCACUCGAUCUCAGUUGAAAUAGUCCGAAAUCACCAUUCAAAGUUAUCCGUACCACAUAUCACCAUAUGAUUAGUUUAUAUUUAUGUAUUUAUUUGCACACAAGAAAAUACAAUAUUGGUAAGAUGAUUUCCACAUUGUAGUCUAAUGAUUAGACUUUAAAUCGGUGGUUUGUGCAUGACACAGGCUGCAUUACUAGGCAACGCAACGACACGGUCCCCCUGCCCCGGGUAAGAAAAGAUAGACCAUACAAUCGUAUAUCAACCAUGUUUGGACAGGUCCAUGUUUGGACAGGUCCAUGUUUGGACAGGUUAAUGGGAAAAUGUGAUAUUCCAGACAUCUGCCAACCCUAGUGGCUUGUGGGCUAUGCGUGGAAGCCAGGGGAGGCUAAACGUGUUUGAUAAUUAACGGUCAAUUUCCGUGAGACCGGGAGUUAUUUGCUUGACAAUCACCAGCUGACAAAAUGUCAUGACCGUCACAACCCUAGCAGUGCCCAGAGCGUGCCCUAAGCACGGCAUAGAGAAUUCAGAAUGUGAAGUUUAUUAAGUAUUUUUACUCCUCUCUUCCUCUCCAGACCCCCAACAGCUAACUCUCCCUGAAGAGGAGGUUCCCCCUAAACAGCAGCAGCACUGUGAGCAGGAGUGGAGCCCCAGUCUGGGGCAGGAGGACCCAGAGCCCACACCGAUUACAGAGGAACAGGAGAAACUCAGGACCAGUCAGGAGGAAGAGCAGCUUCAAAGACUUAGGUCUGCUACCACAGAGGUGAUACAGUUGAUAUUUAUUCCUCCCUGUGUGGAAAGUGACUGCGAUCAGGACAGCAAAAGGGACUCUCUACCCACCAACACAACUGAACAGGCCCAAUCAGAAUCAGAUGAAGAGGACUACAGAGCAUCAGAACCAACCAGUGACUCUCAGCCCCUCUCUGCAGUAAAUCCAGACUGUUCUGCAGCGCCAAGUGAAAUCAUUGUAAGUAUUGAUGAGGAGGAGAGUGAAGAACUACCGUCA